AUGGCGCCGCUUCCUCGUCUCCUCAACGCCCUGCUCCGUCGCGGGGCCUCACCCGACGCCAAUGCAGCAACCUCCGCUGCCUCCAGCAUGGAACCCACCGUCCACGAAGUGGUCAAACGCGCGUCCAAGUCGGUCGAGUUCGGCUCAGGUGCACGCCCGGCAACCGACUACAAUAACCAGGGCUUCCUCGCCCUGUUCGCGCUGAUCGGCGCCGGCAUGGUGCUCGGCUCCAUCUGGUUCUUCUUCUGGGCCAAGAACGGUGGCUUCAAAUGGCGUGGCAAGGAAGACUGGGACGACUACAAGAGCACCGUUCUGCGUCGCAAGGGUCCGGACGGCCGCACGCUGUCCAACGCGACCAAGAGCACCAGGCUGGGCGGCGGCAGCGUCGUGCACGGUGGCACCCACGGCGCCCCGACCAGUGUUGGCUACAGCGACACUACCUCCAUGGUCGACGAGAAGGAAGAGCAGCGCAGAGCCGGCGAAGGCAUCAGAGGCGGAGACGGCCGCAGAAAGCGCCGCAAGGAGAGAGAUCCCGAGCUCGCUGACUACCGCCACGAAAGGCCCGCUCGUGUUGGUGGCAUCAACCGUGUUCCCGACGGCACUCACUACGACUAUACCAACACCGAACCCUCUGAACUUGGCUCUGAACUGUCUCAACGGCCUCUCGUCAAGGAUACCAAGCCCAAGGACACGAAAGCCGCCAAGAAGGAAGCCGAAGCACGCGAGAAGGAGCUCCGCAAGGCACAGAAGGAGGCCGCCAAAAUCCAAAAGGCCAAAGUGGCAGAGAACAAGAAGCGCGAGAAGGCCAAGGCCAAGGAGAUGAAGAAGGGCAAGAACAACACCAACCGCUCCUACUCUCCCGCCGCGCCCGACUCGCCCGAGCGCCGCACCCAUCGCCGCUACGACGACGAGAUGACCGAGUACACCGAGGCGACAAGCUACACGGGCGGCUACACGGCGACCGAGGAUGCGUACACGGACGUCUACACCAACAACGACGACUCCUACUACUCUUCCUACCGGCCGAACGCCGAGGCCAACAUCGCCCGCCCCGCACCCGCCGCUCGCUCCUACGAUACGCCGUCAUCCUCCCCUCGUCAGCACCACCGCAACUCGUCUCGCCGCAGCCAGUCGCACACUCGUAGCCAGUCGCACACUCGCAGCCAAUCUCACAUCCGCAGCCAAUCGCGUACGCGCCGCCAGAGUAACAGCAGCCCGCGCAAGCAGAGCAGCAGCCGUCACAACAGCCGCUCCCGUCACGGCUCGCGCAAUGAUCUCGGCGGUAGCAGCGUCACCGGCGAAAGUGACUCCGGCACCAAGGUCUACUCGCACUUCAUCCCCGGCCUAAGUGGCCCCGCUGCGCCCCCGACCAUCUUGCCAGACGAGAGCAUCAGCCAGGUUGGCGCGCCCGGUCGCAGGGGCCGUAAUGUCAUGGAUGGCUACCGGAGGACCGCACGCCGCAACAGGAGGGAUAGCUUGAGCGAUUCGGAGUAG